GGGGACUCAUUUUCUACCUACUAUGCUUGAUGGGUUUACUGUUGGCUUUCCAAAAUCUAUUAAAGGUCGAAAUAUGGCACCGUAUGCGACCUCAUCCCGGACAAGAUCAACUUGUUCGUGCUCCAGACACCCCAAAGGAGCGGUUUGAACCAUAAUAAACAACGACAUAUUUGUGCAAUCAAUCGUCGUUUAUCCGCGUUUCGAGGAUAGACUUUUACCCAGACAACAUCAGCGACAAGCAAUCGCGCAGUUAAAAAUGAAACUAAACAGACCUGAUACCGAUGUGUCAUAGAAUGAACGAGAAACUCGAAAUAACACCAUUCUUGGAACAUCAGAUACAAUUUAAAUCAUAUACAUAAGGUAACAGAAAACGAAUUACUUUCAUUAGCUUAGACAUUCUGUUUUACGCUGAAAUUCUUUUUAUAGGUGUAACACCAUCGAAAUAAUUGCAAUUUUUCAACUAUUAUUGAACAUAAACAUUAUGGUUCAAUGCUCACUGCUAAUGUAUAACUGCUGAUGAUUUUAGCAGUCAAAACGACUUUAAACGUCAAUUAAAAAGAGUGAAAAAAGUAGAGGAAGAAGAGAAAGCAGAAGAAACGUUAGAUUUUUGUAUAAAUCAAGUGUUAUCGAAUGUAUUUUUCUGAAAAAUGAAAGGAUUCUAAAGUACUUCGUACAAACUUUUAAUCGAAAAGUUUCUUUAUUGUUUAGGAUUACUCUUAGAAAUUUGUUCUAUAUUCCUUCUCCUUGCGAUUAAAAUUAUAUUCUUACGCUGAAGUUUCUUUUACGAUUUUAGCAUGUUGCUGGAGUUGUUAUGGCUUGGUACAGUUAUUCGUGUCAUGUUGACUCGUUCACUUUGCACAAUUUGAAGUUCUGUUGUAGCUGCGUGAGAAGUGCCAGUGUACUUGGCAUCUAUAAUACUUAUCGAACGAAUAAUGACCUUUGCUUUUGUCCUUUUCUUAAUUCAAUCACUUUUCCAAAAUACCUAGUAUUAUAUAUAUAUAUUUUAUCAUUAUCCAUACAUUAUUUUAAAUUUGCUUUUAUUUUGUAUUGAUAUCUUAAUCAUGUUUUUGUCAGUAAUAAAUAUUACUUUGGCAUCUUUUUCUAAACCAUCCACUCUCUUCUAAAUAUUCUUCGUUUAUACCUCAUCAUCUAAACUCACUCGUAUCUCGUACCUACAUGAUGUAGCUUCUUCAUCAUCGUCACCGUCAUUAUACACAAUUAUCGUCAUUAUCGCUAUGCGACAUGUUGACGCUAAGAAUUCGACCAACCGGGUUCUCAGUUCCACGCCAUUAUUGAACGAAACACUUUGUAAAUUAUUGUAAAGCGAUCGAAAAACUUCAGGGAGACUCACUUAAAAAAAAUUAAAAAAAAAAAAGAAUAAGAAAACUAAUAAGUAAAAAAGAGUAUUAUCAAAAAGAGUAUUAUCAAAUAAAUCACAAAAGAAUAGAAAAUCACCAUACAUAAUGUAUGUUGAAUACAUUCUACAAUUGUUAAAAUGACAUUGUUAUUUCAUUGUGUAUAUGUGGACAUACCUUUUGGUUAUGUUUAGUAUAUGUUUAUUAUAUCGGUUUAUAUCAUGAAUGCAUAAAAUCCGCAGUCUAUUUAUGACAUAACCAGACAGUACCUAAAUCUAUUUAUUUCUUUUAAUUAAAGGUAACCAAUCCACCCGGCACGACGAUUCUGUCACGCAUUACUAUAGCCACCCUGGAACCAUUAAGACGACCUUGGUACAUGAAAGGAGGAAGCAGGAGACCUUUUCCUGCCUUAAAAUCCAAUCGCACCGGUCGACGAAUGGCACAUUUAUGGCCCGAAGAAGAUGUGUACGAUGAUCGUGUCACAAAUCAAUUGAUGUUUGUGCCCAAUGAUUAUAAUAAGACGGAGCAGCCGUUGAAAAAAAUAAUGGUUCCGCAUGGUAUGCCCGAAGCAAAAGUUGGUCCCGACAUAUUUCAUCAGCAUCGCUGCCCAGUAAAUACGUGUACGAUUGUUAGGGAAAAUCCGGACGACGCCGAUUUAAUCCUUUUUAAGGAUUAUGUAACUCAUGUCCGAAGAAAGUCUCCAAAGCAAGUAUGGAUGCUGUAUUUAUUAGAAUGUCCCUAUCACACUCAAAGUGUGAAGAACGCCGUCAUCAAUUGGACGGCAACCUAUCGUCGUGAUAGCGAUAUAGUCGCACCCUAUGAAAGGUGGCAGUAUUACGAUUCUAGUGUUACGCAAAUACCGCAGACUUUUAAUUACGCAGCCAACAAGAGUAAGAAGGUGGCGUGGUUCGUUUCCAAUUGCCAUCCUCGAAAUCAACGUAUGAAUUAUGCCAGGGAGCUAUCGAAAUACAUACAAGUGGACAUUUAUGGUACUUGCGGUACUCUACGGUGUCCGCGUUCACAGUCUCAAGCAUGCUUUGAUAUGCUUGACGAGGACUACAAAUUCUAUCUAGCAUUCGAGAACUCUAAUUGCAAGGAUUACAUCACGGAAAAGUUCUUCGUCAACGGUCUUGGACACAACGUUCUGCCGAUAGUAAUGGGCGCGCAUCCAACAGACUACGCUCGAAGCGCGCCAUAUCGUUCCUACAUUCACGUGGACGAGUUCGAGUCGCCUAAAGAGCUGGCGGAGUACCUCCACCGCUUGGAUCGCGACGAAGAACUGUACAACUCGUACUUCCGUUGGAAGGGCACCGGGGAAUUCAUCAACACGUUCUUUUGGUGCCGCGUUUGCGCGAUGCUGCACGACGAUCGACGACCGAAGUCCUACAAGGAUGUGAACGAAUGGUGGAGAGGCGACGGUAUAUGCACAGCGAGCUCGUGGCGCGAGCACGACCUGGUCCGCACGAACCUGAAAAACACUUGAAGAAACCUCGCCGCGGACUCGUUGAAACCUGUGAAAUAAUGCGACGCAUUCGAAUUUACAUACGCUAUCGUCUGAAGAAUCAUCUGGACUUCCAAAGGGCGCGGAGAGUAUUACUCGUACGAGUGGCGGAGUUCUGUUCGCUUUUCUUUCAUUUUCUAACGAAUAUGUUCAGCGGUUGGAAGAUUUCGAGGGAGCCUCGCGAGUUGACGAGAAGUCUGGGGUAGGCCGUAAACGGGAGAAAGACUGCCGAGUAUGAAUUUGUCGAAACAUAAAGCGCUAGGUGUACUCGAAUUUGUACUUUUUCGACGAACAUCGUGGAUUUUUACACGUCACUAUAGAAUUAGCUCGUUACUCUAGACGAAACAAAUAUGCGCAUGUUUUUACUAAGAUUACCGGGACCGUCGAUCCAUCGAGGACAACGAUCGCCGUAUAACCGAUUCAAUUGAUAUUUUGAUCACGGUCAAUUACCUGCGGUUAAACGUACUUCAUAGUUUUAACAGGUACGAGCCUUUUAUUUCUAAUGUUUAGGAUCGCUCGAUACGGAAUUAUUUUUCUUGGUGAAAAAUUUACGUAUGAUCGUUGAUGCCGAACUAUUUUAAUCGUUGGUUAGCGGAGACGGUUACGGACGUAGUAAACAGCGCCGGCAUAUCAGUUAACGUGAAUUUGUAUAGUGUUCCUUUAACAAUUGUACGGAUGCUCUAAACGAUUUGAAUUAGAACCUCUUACGCGUUGAGGGCCCCACCGAGAUUCGAUUUAAAAUUUUCCGAAACGUUAUUUUCGUAAAAUGUAUUAACGCGACUGACGAUUUUAAGAGCGGAAUGUUUUACAAAAUAAUUUAUAAGGGACUCACGUCGAUGUACGGUUAAUGCAAAAUUAUUAAUUAAUUAAAUUUAACGCUGUCAAGAACGAAACGAUAUCGUAAUGUAGGUAUUAAAUACGCGACGGUAUUUUGCAUUGGUGUAAAAAAGUUGGUGAAAUAAGUGCCGUAAGGAAUAUAAAACGGCGUGAAGAAAUUACAACUGCUUUUUUUAAAGCGCGUUGAAAAAUUUCGAUUUAAAUUAAAUUUCUGUAAAUGAAACACGAAUGCUGCGCAUUGAGCCGUUUUCAUUUCUCAUGGACAGGAAGCGCGAAGCAAUAAUUACAUUUUCUCUCUAAUAGGGUUCCUAAAGAUUCGUUCAAAAUUGAGAUAAUGUAAUUGAAUUUUAUUAAUAUAUUGGUUCCUACGUUCGAUAGAGAUAAUGAAAUAUUUUUGCGUUCGGUACGUGGAAGGAUAACGAAUAAUAACAUAAAAUUCGGCGGUAUACAGGUUAACGUAGUUUUAAAUGUUCCUGGAACGUCGACGAUGUAAACGCUCGUCCAGUGAUUAAAUAAAUAUUCGAUUGAUUGCGCGGCCACGUUAAUGAAUAUUUGUAAACAUUCAGAUAUACAAGUGCAAAGGAACACCAUAGUUAAACCAUGUUAAUGUUCACGUGGGCUUGAAUUUACAGCGUACUUCACUUUCGAAUUGUAAUAUUAUUUAUUUACUAUCAGUGGCGGAGAUGUGAAAUUAAUAUGUUGUAUGAAGCAGCAAAUUUCACUAUUUUAUUUAUUUUCUCAAACUGUAUCGUACGACGAUAGUUUAUCCCAUGUGAAAUGUUUCCAUCGCAUUUGAUAAUAUGGAAAAAUGACACAGACUAAUGUCAAAUAACGUGGUAUGUGCUGGUAACAUUUGUUUUAGGCACAGAAGAACAAAAAGUAUUAAUUCCAUUUGUUGUUGAUUCAUGGGGCACUAUACUCUUAGAUUUAAUUCGAUAGUGCUUGUUGAUAUUAUUUUCGCUAAAUGUUCUUGAUUUACAGUAUCAGUUCUUAUGCGGAAACGGUUUGUCACUUGUAAAAUACUAGCAAUUUUAGAUUGUGGAUAUUGAGUUUAGAAAUUUAGUGCGAUUGUAUCGUAAUUGGAAGAAAUUACACAAACGAGUAAAUUAAGAUUACUAAACUUCUAAAGUGCAAGAUUCCCUUAAUUAACGAUUUUUGUUUAAAAGUAAUAGCGCUUAUUGUUGUAAUAAAUCUAUAACCACCGCGUGACGCGCGUUGAUAUUACAUUAAGCAAUUCUUACAACUGAAAAUAACAUUGAGCUAACGAGACACCUGUAAAUCAAGAAUUUCGAGAUGCAACGUAUACAGCUUUAUUCGUCGACAGAUGCCAGUAGUUCGCAUAAGUAUUAAAAUUAAUGUACAAUGACUAGGAUAAUAAUUUUUUUAGCAUACUCUUGUACGUACUUUAGAGCGUGACUGCAAUUCUGUAAGAUGGCUUCUGAAGUCCCUAGAUUAUUCAUUAAGAGUGGAAUUGACAUAACUGUACAAUAUCUAAGGAAAAUUUUUGCUCGUAAGUGAAAAGUGUUUACUGUUUAUAUAAGAGAGUAUGGAAUUUAUUAUUUCCUUAGAUUCGAACCUACACGGAUAAGCCACGAAUAAUGUAGAUUAGCACAUAAUCACUAUAUAACAGUGACAAAUUUUCAAUUUUUUAGUGAUCUUUUUGUAAUAAUUAAUUUCUUCUCGGCUCUACUUUUAUUCAUCUACUGUUUUUAACUAUGCAAGAGGACAAAAUAACAACGUUUUAUAUUAUUAUUCGUGUAAUCCAAAAUCUAUUUUCAUUCAUGGUAUACGUAAACAAAAAUCGUGAAAUUGAUUGUUCAGUCGUACGACGACCACAAUCGCGAGAAACGGUCAUUUUUGUGUAAUUGAUAUUUCUCUUAAGUAAAUGAUAUUUCUCUUAAGUAAAUUAUUUAUGCAUCGGUGUAUGUAUAACGGAUUGUAAAUAUACAAUUGUUGUUCGUGAAAUAUGUCGUCACGUAUGUGAGAUUUUUACGAGAUCUAGUGAAAUGCAGUUUUGUCGAAGGACGACUUCGAAUCAUUCUGAACUCUAUAUACAUGGAGAGUGCUUGUUCAAUUUAUUCCUUCGAAAGUACAACUUACUUUCGACUACGUUAAUAUAAUAUAUUUGGUAUUAACUGAAGCUUCCAAGUCUAAGUCUCAGUUAAUAUCGCGGUGAAACAAAAGUUUUUUCCGAAAUUUUCUUCGUUUUUUUCCAACGAAUGUUUACACUAAAUAAAAGCAUCUAUGUUUUAUUUUAUAUGAAUCGCACCGAGACAAAUUUUAAUUGACAUGAAUACCAGAAAUACCUGUUUCAAUACAGUGAUUUUUCAAAUUUAACGAAUUAUUUAAGAUAUUAUUUGUAUAUUUGUUAUCUCAAGUAAUUAUGAAAUUGCAAUAGAGAAUAGUUAUUGCUAAUGCAAAAAAUUCGGCGCUAAGAGUAACAUAGCUCAACGCGUGUAGCUUAAAAGUACAUUUUUACAGAAGUAGUACAAAAAUUGGAGAUGGGCAAAAUUUUAUUCGAACAAUGGAUAACGGAUAAAACCAACGAACAGUGAUUUAUUCGUGACGUUUGUUCCAUUGAAUAGUUAAAUUUUCAGUUGUUCGUUAUGAAAUAUUUCAUUCUAUAAUUCGAGUUCAAAUUUUUAUUCACAUAUUUUUUAUUCGUUGACACUUCAAUCUAGAUAAGAAUUUUGCCCCUCUCUGAUAAAAAUCUUGCACACGUGAAAUGCACGCAUAAAUGUAUAAAAAUCAAUCUACGCCGAAACGAUCACUUUUGUACUCGAUGUUAAAAAUAUUUCAUGAAAUCGUUCGAACGUAAGAACUUUUGCACAUUUACUUUCUCUAUAAUCGUAUAAUAAAAAUGUUAAAUCGAGUAAAUAAAUAAAUGAAAAAUGAAAUAUAAAUUUACUAGUAAUAACUACACAUCGACAUAUGUGUUUUGUUAUUAAAAAACGAAACACAAAAGCCACUUUUGGAAAAGGCUUUGCUAGUUUGAUCAAAGUCCUUUGCAUCGUGUGCCAUAGUAAACAAUUUAUUGAUUACGUUUCGUCUCUACGUAUCGAUAUCAAAAGUGAUCUAUUUGGCGUGAAAUGAUCCACGAUCAUGUUACUUCAUGGUGGAUACUGCCACUGCUUUCAAUCGGUUCCUAUGUAAUGUCGAUCUUUCAGAGUGCGCACAAGCAAGCUAGAUUCAUAAUUAGGUAAUUAAUUGACUGAUUGAUUAUUUCUUAGAAAUUGAGCGAUUGAACUCGAAACGGGACACCAAUGGUAUCAAGUACGGCAAUCAAAGUGAUUUUUCACACGUUUCAAUCGCUUCGAAGACUAUAAACACUUAAUUUAAAGAAAAGUUUAUUAAGUCUAAUUUAAAUAUUCGGCUAUUCGAAAUUAAGGAAUAUUUUAUUUAAAACGAUAAGAAGAAAAUAUAUUUGUGAGUGAUACACGAAGGAUGUGGAGGUGAACAAUUUCUUAAGUAUAACUUUUAAGACUUUUUUUGUCAUGAAACAUUUUUUUUAGGAAAGUUUGAUUCGAUGUAAUACCUCCAAACUAUUUACAUAUAUUUGUUGUGUAUAUUGUUGUAUGUUGUUGAUAAUAUUUUCAAGGUACAGAUAGUUUAACAGUGCACUACGUUGAACGAGAAAGUCUGGUUCGAAAAAUUCUGAUUUCCAGAAAAGUUAAAAGCAGUAGCGAUCAAUUAGUCUACUAAAUUAAGUGUUUGGUCAUUAAUAUUUAUUAUCGCAAUUAUUUAUCGUAACGAUCUUCUGUUACUGUUCCUUUGCCUGUGGUAUUAAGUUAAUAAUAAUUAUAUCUUAAUUUAUUAUACAGUUGGUUAACUAAAGUCUGAUAGUUGGCUAUUAAGGUUCUAAUAAUCUUGAAACUAUAAAAAAAAAAGGUAUAAUAGAAUAAGAUACGCAAUGUAUGGCGGUAAUGAAGGACGAUAAAUAAGUUGUUUCGCGAACAAUCAGAGUUCUUAGGAUUGCGGAGUGUUUUUUGUAAGAGAUCUCCUAUUAUACAGGGUGUCACAUUACAAUCUUUCCGCGCAAUUGGCUUCCAAACUAUUGAUUAUUCAAACAUACGUCUUACAAGAUGAAACUCACUCUAUUUCGAGAGUAUAUCUUAUAGCUUCUAUCUGUAUAGAGAAGUUUCCAAAUUUAAGAACAUAAUUGGGACCACCAUUCGAAAGCUAGUCAAUAGAGAUUAAGCUGAUUAGGAUGAUUACAAUUCUUAAAUUCAGGGUCAAAAUUGGGUUUCAAAAGAUGGGGUUACAUUGAUCUCUUGUUGCAUAUGUGGUAUUUUCUAUACACAUAUUGGUGCUUAUUGUUAAUUAAAACUUUUUACUUGAUAAUUGUACUUUUAACAGUAUUUUUUAUGACUAUGGCGAUUGUAACAAUUAGGAUAAUUGAGACGAUUUAAACGAUCGUUAUAAUUGACACAGUCGUCACAAGCACGUCGAUUAAUAGACAAUUAUCAGACUAUUAUCAGACCAUUAUCAUGCAGUUGUGACGAUUGCAAUGAUUGCAGUGAUCAAUGAAAUUGAUUUACUUCCCCGAAACAGAGUAGGUUCCAUCCAUAGAUCAAGACACUCUGCAUGUGAUAAAAGCACAGUGCAUACUGUGAAAUUCGAAAAUCUAAACGAAACAGAAAGAACUUUGUGCUUGAGAAAGUGUGCGCCACGAAUCUUGACUUGCGGUUUCGAUAAAUGUAUUACUAAUUAUUGGUGCUGAUUGUAAUAGUUGGUGCUGGCGUGUGUACAUUGUAUAAAUUCGACCAGACGGUGAAAUUUGUUUACAACGGCAAGUGUUCAUUCAUAAUCAUGCGAAGUUAGCGUGUAAGCAUUGAAAUGCGCUACAGCGAGAGCGUAAAGAAGGAUAUGUACUGUUUUCUUCAUUUUAAUCUCACGUAAAGCUUUUAUUCACUGGACAACAUAAACCAAAGCAGAAUAUUAUAAAAACGAGUGACGAAGAAUCGAAGAAGUCUAAUUAGUUGUAUCAGUUGAUGAAAACAACCAAUUCCUUGAAUAUUCUUGCUAAAAAAACAUAUUGAAAUAAACGUAAUAAAAAUUUGAAGAGCUCAAGGGAACUGCAAUGAUAUUAGGUAACUAGUAAAUUUUCUGUUGCUUUGUGAAAAUAAUUUAUACGGUGAGAAGUGUUCAGUUCUUAGAAGGUAUUUCAAUUGUUAUUGUCACGUUCAUCUGUCAAGGCAUCUUUCGAUUAUGUAAUAACAAUGUUGAAACUUACAAUGUAUGUUGUGAGACUAGAUAGCGACAGAAUUUGUAAAUAGUUACUCAUAUGGUUAUAACGGAACAUUACCUGUAAAAAGAAAUUCAACCGUACAAUGUAAUGAUAUGUAAUGUCAUAUUAAUAUUUGAGAUUUGUAGAUAAAAUCGUAUUGCGUACUGCGAGAGAUGCACGUACUCUUUCGUUUUGUUCCACCAGAAAAAAACAUGCAGUAAUUUAUAUCGAUCCAUCGAAAUCAUGAUGAAUAAACAAGCAAACGUUACGUCGUUGCGUUGUGGUCUUAUUUGUACACGAUUCCUCAGGAUUUAUUAGAUGUAUGCUUAAGUUUUGUAGAUUUUUGUAUUAAUUUCUUUUAUUAAUUAAAUGGAAUCUACACUUUUCAAACAAACUAAAAACGAAGUUGUGUCAUAAAUAUGAUUUGUUAUUCAAUUGUUUAGAUGCAAUUUGACCAGUCAUAUCAAAAUAAAAAACACUUCAUGUUCAUUAAUGUAUUUAAAAUCGUUUUCCUCACCUUCUGAACAUAAUUUACAAAACUUAUGCAUACACUUAAUAAUUCUCCAAGUGUGUUGCCACUAUUUCAUUGUCAGCGUUGAAACAGAUGAAUUUAUUUAAAAAUGUUUCAAUUAAAUUCCAUUUUCGCAGUAUGUUCGUCAUCAAUUAGUUUUAUUAUAAAUUAAACCGUGAAUCUACUUUCAAACAAGGUGUAAAGAAUCGAAAGUGGUGUCAUCGUGGAUUGUUACGUGGACACUGCGCGAACGAAACGUACUCUAAAUUGAAUUACUUUUGUUAGGCAUGAAUAUUUACUAAAUGCGUUAUUUCAUUAUAAAUGCUGGUGUGUUAGUACCCGAAGAAUAUUUUGUUCGAUAUAAUUGUGGUGUUAUGCGUGCUUGUAUCGAUGUUACCCGAGUUCUUGAUUAUGGGAAUAAAAUUGAACACUAUUCUUACUUUUGA